AUGAACGUUCCUGAUUUCGACCAUCUGCCCAGCGUCGAAGGCAUGCCGCAAGGCUGCGCCUGGGGGGUCUUCGACCAGGACGGCAAGAAAGACAUUUUCGGAACCCUGAACCACCUCACGCCCGAGGUUGUGGCCGCCGCUGCCAAGGAAGCCAAAGACGGCAUCUCCAUCUCACUGAACUGGCCGCUCGACAGUCUCAAGACGCACCCUGGCAGCAACCGCGCCCUUACUACGCACCACGUGCACUCGCUGCGUGACGCCGGUAUGGACGCGCACGGCUGGGACGAUGAACUGGCCUUCAACACGCAGGGCUCCAGCCAAUGGGACAGUCUGUGCCAUUACCAGCACCAGGCUUCCGGCCUCGCGUACAACGGCUUCCAUCCGCGGCGCGAGCACUUCACUUCUCCAGCUUCAUCACCCGCCGCGCCCACGCUUGACCACUGGCACGCCCGCGGCUGCAUCGUCGCGCGUGGCGUUCUCCUCGACUACGCGUCCUACUAUUUCACCACGCGUGGCACGCCUCUCGACCCUUUCGCCGGCAUGCCUAUCACCGUUGCCGGCCUCGAGGCAUGUGCGCGACAGCAAGGUAUCGUGUUCCAGCCAGGCGAUGUGCUCGUGAUCCGCACAGGGUGGACCGAGGCGCUGGGCGGCCGCAGUGCCGACGAGCAGGCGCAGCUGCUGUCAGGUUUCCUCGCGUCGGGAGUUGAGGGGAGUGAGGAUGCAGCCCGGUGGAUCUGGAAUCAGCGAUUCAGCGCCGUGGCUGGAGAUGCGGUUGCAUUCGAGCAGAUUCCGCGGGCUAAGGAGGACGGAAGUGCCUGGGGGCCGGCCGAUUUGGUACUGCAUCAAUACCUUUUGUCCAUGUUCGGCAUGCCCAUCGGAGAGCUGUGGGAUUUGAAGGCUCUGGCGGAGCAUUGCAAAAAGGUGGACCGGUACAGCUUCUUGCUGGUUUCGGUGCCUUUGAACCAUCCUGGGCUGAUAGGGAGUCCCCCGAAUGCCGUGGCCGUCUUUUAG